AUGGCUCUCAUGCAACAAUGGAGAGGUGAAUCUCUGAUUUUUACGUGGUUACGGAUGAUGAGCUACAUGGCGAAUAGGGGGGUUGAAAGGUAUAAAAGCAACUCUCCUGGCUCUGUAGCUGGACAAGAUGCAAACACGCAUUUCAUGAUGGACGUUGAGGGUUUCCGCAAAGCAGGAUAUGAAGCCAUUGACAACAUUUGUGACUAUUACGGAUCCCUCGCAUCACGACCCGUAGCAGCCCAGGUUGAGCCAAGGUUCCUCGUCGACGCUCUACCUCAUCAAGCUCCUGAAUUAUCAAAGACAUUUCAGACGAUUUUCAGAAGCUUGCCGUUCCAGGGCUUACCCAUUGGAAACACCCCGAGUUCUUCGCUUAUUUCCCUUGUGGUAAUACGUUUCCGGGAAUCAUCGCUGACCUGUACUCAAGCUCUGUCUCAAACCCUUGCUUCAACUUCCCCAGCACGCACGGAGCUUGAACAAGUCGCGAUGGACUGGGCCGCUAACCUCCUCGGACUCUCGUCUGCAUUUUUCAACACCCCUCCAGUUGUACUCCCAUCAUUUACUCGCUCUUCUGCAUCCUCUUCACCAGGUCCCGAAGGUAGGAGGCCCACUAGACGAGGAGGGGGGACCAUUCAGAACACCGCCCCUGAGAGCGUUCUUGUAGCGAUCAUCGCUGCCCGCGAGCGAUUCCUUUCUGCCCACCCUGAUGUCCCCUCCGAAGACCUUCUCAUCCUAAGCACCCAAACGCACAGUUUAGGCGUGAAGGGAGCAAAGAUCCUAGGCCUGAGUUGUCGUUUGAUGCCUGCAUUGCGUGGGGCGUUAGAGGGGAAAUGUUUAGAAUGGCGACACAAUGCCGAUUUGUGCUUUAGUUGGAACAUGGGAACGACGUCUUCUGGAGCUAACGACCACAUUGAAGAGAUGGGUCCUAUCAUCUCCGAACUCGACGAUGUCUGGUUACACAUUGAUGCAGCAUGGGCUAGGGUCUCCUUCGCUUGUCCCGAAUUCCGUCGCGCUGGGAAGCUCGACGCCAUCAACGCCUAUGCGGAUUCGUUUUGCACAAAUUUCCACAAAUGGGGAUUGGUUAACAUUGGUUUCAGAGAGCACAUUCGCAAAGGGGUCAGGCUUGCGGAGCUCUUUGAAGACAAUUUAAUGUCGAGGAACCCGGAGACCCGGAUAUUCGAAUUGGUGACGCUCAGGGCAUUGAGUUUGGUUGUCUUCAGACUUGUCGUACCACCCCUUUCCACGGGUUCAGACGGGUCGGAACAGCAAUCGAACGCUCCAACACCUGCUAAGAGUGAACCUCCAAGCUUAGAAACUCUUAACUCGCUCAAUCUGGCGCUCCACCAAUAUCUUCCCCAUCCUCCCAACUCAGAUUCCGCCAAUGCUCUCUUCCUCACUCGUACCGAGCUUAACGGAGUUGUUUGUAUGAGAAUGGCUAUUGGAGCUGAAGCAACUACCGAGGCGCAUAUUACGAAAGCGCUUGGGAUUUUGGACAGAGUUGGCAGAAAGAUUUUGACGGAUACGGGUCACAUUGUGACAAGGGAAUCGCAUGACUGGCUGCUUUGA